AUGGGAAACUACAGAGUCCUCAUGAAGAUGAUUUUUCUUGUGGUGUUUGUUGGGUGGCUACUGGUUUGGACAUUGUUGCCAACAGAAAAUUACAAAAAUAAGUGGUCUCCAAAAUUAAAAAGCAAGCUCAACUCAACGUACUUCAGAGAACAAGGGACAAAUCUUGUCCUUUUUUCAUUCCCCAUUAUGUUCAUAGCAGCUUUGAGCUGUGUUUAUCUCCAUAUUCAGAUCAAGAAGUCAAGCAAGUCAUCGAAGUCCAAAAGCAGUAAUGUUAUCACAAGUGGUUUGGCCUCUUGGAGACGUCCAGUGUUUGUAAAAGCACCUUUGGGGAUUGUUAGCGCAGUGGAGCUUUGUUUUGUGGUCAUGUUUGUUGUUCUCUUAAUAUGGUCUCUUGCAAAUUACUUGUAUGUCAGCUUUGGCCAUCUCCACAUGCAUGGAAAGAGCGUGAAAAUAUGGCAAACAAAGUUCCGGAGUGUGGCACUGAGACUCGGGUAUAUUGGAAACACAUGUUGGGCAUUUCUAUUCUUUCCAGUAACAAGAGGGUCUUCAAUUUUGCCUCUUGUUGGCCUCACAUCGGAGUCCAGCAUAAAGUAUCACAUCUGGCUUGGCCAUCUCUCCAUGAUCCUGUUUGUUGCUCAUACCGUCGGUUUCAUCAUUUACUGGGCCAUGACUGACCAAAUGGCUGAGAUGCUAGAAUGGAGCAGCACUUACGUGUCAAACGUAGCGGGGGAGAUUGCGAUAGUAAUAGCAAUAGUGAUGUGGGUAACGAGCAUUCGCAGAGUAAGAAAAAAGAUGUUUGAGUUGUUCUUCUACACGCACUACCUCUACACAGUCUAUAUCCUCUUCUACGUACUCCAUGUUGGAGUUGCCUACUUCUGCAUGAUUCUUCCUGGGAUCUUCCUCUUCCUCGUCGAUCGCUUCUUGAGAUUCUUGCAAUCCCGCCACCAUGCAAGACUGCUCUCCGCUCGCCUUUUACCUUGCGGCGCUUUUGAACUCAACUUCUCCAAGAGCCACGGGUUGCAGUAUAAUCCAACAAGCAUUAUGUUUAUAAACGUGCCCAUAAUUUCCAAGUUGCAAUGGCACCCUUUUACAGUGACUUCAAACUGCAAUUCAGAGCCACAUAAGCUGAGUGUCGUCAUCAAGAGUGUUGGAAGCUGGUCUCAAAAGCUCUACAAACAACUUUCUUCUUCUUCACUUGAUCACUUGGAAGUUUCCGUUGAAGGACCAUAUGGGCCAUCUUCAUUUUCCUUUCUAAGGCACGAGGCUCUAAUAAUGGUUGGUGGUGGGAGUGGCGUUACUCCUUUUAUUUCCAUAAUUCGUGAGAUUCUCUUCCAAAGCACAAAACCCAAUAUCCAUAUUCCUCGGAUUACUCUCAUUUGUGCCUUCAAGAACUCAUCUGAUCUCAGCAUGUUAGACCUCUUGCUUCCGAUAUCAGGCGCAAACUCUGAUCGGAUUUCCCAAAUACAGCUCCAAAUAGAAGCCUACGUAACCCAAGAGAAUGAGCAGCCCAAAUCAGAAGCCCAUAAGCCCCUACAGACCAUUUGGUUCAAGCCCAGCCCACUAGACAAGCCCAUUUCCGCAACUCUAGGCCCAAACAACUGGCUGUGGCUUGGUGCAAUUAUAGCAUCCUCGUUUGUCCUUUUCCUAUUAGUUUUGGGCCUAGUCACUCGUUACUACAUUUACCCUUAUGACCAGAAGGAUGGUCAAUUUUACCAUUACUCUUACAGAGUUCUUUGGGACCUGUUUUUGGUCUGCUCUUGCAUUUGCCUAGUCUCUAGUGUAGCUUUUGUUUUGUGCAAGAGAAGCAAUGCAAUGGAAGAUAAGCAAAUCCAGAACGUGGAAAUGUCGAAGCCAACGACGUCUCCGGCGGCACGGUCUUACGUGGCAGCCGAGAAUAAGGAGCUUGAAAGCCUUCCUAAUCAGUCACUGAUUGAAGCUAUAAAAGUUCAUUUUGGUGCUAGGCCAGAUCUCAAGAAAAUUCUGUUUGAUUCCAAAGCAUCUGAUGUUGGAGUUUUGGUAUGUGGCCCGAGGAAGAUGCGACAUGAGGUUGCGAAAAUUUGCGCAUCCGGAUUGGCGGAUAAUCUGCACUUUGAGUCCAUUAGUUUUAACUGGUGA